AUGGACGCCGAUCCGAACUCCGAGGUUGCUCCUUCGACCUCUUUGGAGCCAGAACGCGAAAUAAAUGAGACCACUGGUCAGCCUUUUAUGAACAAUCAGGAUAUCCCAGAAACUACAGAGACUACAGAAGUUACAGAGUCAACUGUUGUCGACGGCACACGCGAUGCUGGCUACAACCACGAGGAAGCAGCUCACCAAAACACGUACCCUACCGAAUUCACGUCAUCGCAACAAAACUAUUUCCCCGCGGAAGAUGAGCAAAAUUCAUCUCGAUUUAGCUCCCCGACCAUGUCAUAUCAGCAGAAUCCUCAGCAAUCGGCCUCACGACCUGGUUCUGGGUUGUCAAGUGGGGGAGAACGAUAUGGCUAUCCCAGCUCACAAGCUGAACAAGCCCAGAAGCAAGCUGCCGUGCCGUCAAAAAACAGUGUUGUUAUCAAGGUUGGAAUGGUAGGAGAUGCUCAAAUAGGUAAAACCAGUUUGAUGGUCAAAUAUGUUGAAGGUAGCUGGGACGAGGACUAUAUUCAGACAUUAGGUGUCAACUUCAUGGAGAAGACUAUUUCGAUUCGGAAUACAGAAAUUACGUUCUCGAUUUGGGAUCUGGGCGGACAACGCGAGUUCGUUAAUAUGCUUCCUCUGGUCUGUAACGAUGCAGUUGCCAUUCUGUUCAUGUUCGACCUCACACGCAAGAGCACCCUCAAUUCUAUCAAGGAAUGGUAUCGCCAGGGUCGCGGCUUCAAUAAAACUGCCAUCCCUUUCCUCAUCGGCACGAAAUAUGAUCAUUUUGUGAACUUUCCCCGCGAGGACCAAGAGGAGAUAUCUUUACAGGCCAAGCGAUAUGCCAAAGCCAUGAGAGCCAGUUUGAUUUUCAGCAGUACUAGCCACAGUAUCAAUGUCCAAAAGAUUUUCAAAAUCGUACUCAGCAAAGCCUUUGACCUCAAAUGCACUAUUCCCGAGAUCGAAAAUAUCGGCGAGCCCCUAUUACUAUACAAAUCUGUAUAG